UUUUUUUUUUCUUUCUUUCUUUCUAAAACAUUGAGCUUCUUCUUUUUAAUUCAUUAAGAAGUAAAAAAGAAGGAGGUUAUAAUAGUCUCUUUUCUCUUUGCUGUCUCUCUCUCUUUUUUUUUUUUUUUUUUUUUUUUUCUUUACUCGCCACCUUUUUUUCACGAAACCUUCCUACUUGUAACGACAACUUUUUCUCAUCUUAUUUUCUGCCCGGGCCCUUUUUUUUUUGUUUUCUUGAAAAAAAAAAGAUUGUAAAUAAUGAACAACAAUAACAACAAUAACGGAAACAGAGUGAUUCCCUUGACUUGUUCAGGACAUACACGACCUGUUGUGGACCUUCAAUUCUCUCCCAUUACAGCUGACGGAAAAUACUUUUUAAUAUCUGCUUGCAAAGAUGGCAAUCCCAUGUUACGCGAUGGGGUGACGGGUGACUGGAUUGGUACGUUUGGUGGACACAAGGGAGCUGUAUGGAGUGCACGUCUCUCCAACGACUCUGAAAAGGCAGUAACGGGUUCAGCCGAUUUCAGUGCUAAAGUAUGGGACACGCAUAACGGUCAAGUACUGCACACCUUUCUUCACGGACAUAUUGUGCGUGCGGCUGACUUUAACUCAGAUUCGACCCGCAUCAUGACGGGUGGUAAAGAAAACAAGCUCAGAAUAUUUGAUCUUUAUAGACCCGAUGCAGCACCCAUGGAGCUGAUUGGUCACGAGGAUAUGAUUCAAGCGGUUGUCUGGGAUGAGAAACAUCAUGCUGUCCUUAGUGCGGGUGAUGAUGCCACCGUCAGAAUAUGGGAUUUACGUACUAUGCGUGAAAGUGGAAAGAUUCAAUGUGAUGCUCCCGUUUCCACCAUGACUCUCUCUGCAGAUGGUCAAUACGUUACUUGGGCUGCGGGUAAAACUGCCAACUUCUGGAGCCCCGAGAGAAGCGUGGAUAAUGUUCGCAAGAUCGAGACAAAGGAAAUUACUUCAUCUGUAUCUCUUCACCCUAACCAUAAAAAGUUUGUUGCUGGUAGCAGUGAAGACUUGUGGGUUCGCAUCUAUGAUUUCGAUACUGGCGAAGUUUCAGAGGUGUAUAAGGGUCAUCAUGGACCCAUUCAUACGGUCAGUUACAGUCCUGAUGGAGAGAUUUAUGCAACAGGUUCAGAGGACGGCACCAUCAGAUUAUGGCAAACAGACGCUACCAAGCCUUAUGGAUUAUGGCAAAGAGACGCUUAAAAAGAAAGAUCGGAGAUGCUUUUCUAUUAUCUCUCUCUCUCUAUGAUCAUAUGCACGGACAAUAUUUG